UGACCGAAGGAUAGAAUGUUCGCAUCCGUCAGUCGUCGGCAUACGUCAGUGGCAUACGUGUAACGUGAUCGAGCAACAAUAAACCUUCUGGACAAUGUCGAUGAGCAACGACAGCAUGAUAUUUCGGAACCUUAAUUACAGGUCCGACACCGAGUACGUGGUGAAGGUUGCCAAGACCCUGUUAACUCCAAUCGGCAUUUGGCCGCUCUACCGCGGCAACUCCACCUCUGACAAGAUCAAGACUUACCUUCAGACAAGUGUAAUAUUCUGCUUUAUGUGCUUUUUGCUUAUUCCGCACGUCAUAUACACCUUCUUCGACGCGGAGGACUUGAGUAGAUAUAUGAAGGUCAUAGCCGCUCAAGUGUUCAGCCUGCUCGCCAUCAUUAAGUUCUGGACAAUGAUCAUCAAUAGGGAUGGCAUUAGAUAUUGCUUGCAACAGAUGGAGAUCCAAUACAAAGACGUAGAGUGCGAGGAGGAUCGACUGGUGAUGACGAAGAGCGCCAAGAUUGGUAGGCUCUUUACCAUAACUUACCUGGGAUUGUCAUACGGUGGUGCUUUACCUUAUCACAUAAUCAUGCCAUUAUUGGAGGAGAGAGUCGUGAAAGAAGACAAUACAACACAGAUACCUUUACCAUAUUUAAGUGAUUAUAUCUUCUUCGUGGUAGAAAACUCGCCGUUUUACGAGAUCCUUUUCGUCUCGCAAAUAUUAAUCAGCAGUAUUAUCCUUUCCACUAACUGCGGCGUUUAUAGCUUGAUUGCUACCUGUGUGAUGCAUGCUUGCUGUUUAUUCGAAAUCGUUCGCAGACAACUGGGAACAGUCCUCAACGAUGGAACCAAUCACUUGCACAAACGACUCGGCCGCAUAAUCGAAAAUCAUAUACGAGCCAUUAGAUUUGCUGAGAUGAUUGAGAACUCAUUGAACAUUGUUUUCUUAUGCGAAAUGGUUGGAUGCACUAUUAUUAUAUGUUUCUUAGAAUUUGGAGUCCUCAAGGAAUGGGAAGACGGAGAAACCUUAGCUAUGGGCACGUAUUUUGUUUUGAUGACAUCGAUGUUCGUAAACGUCUAUAUUAUAGCAUUCAUUGGUGAUCGUCUUAAAGAAGAGAGUGAGAAAAUAGGAGAAUCGUCAUAUUGCAUUGAGUGGAAUACUUUGCCGAAAAAAAUCGUAAGCGACUUAAUCCUAGUGAUGAUCAGAUCAAGCCGUCCCUCAACAUUGACUGCCGCAAAAAUAUUUGACCUCUCUCUUCAAGGAUUCUGUGAGGUCUGCAAAACGUCAGCGGCGUAUUUCAAUUUUAUAAGAGCGAUGACUACAUAAUCUACAUAUCAUCAUAUCGGUUACCGUUGACGCUGUCACAACACUCUAUUAAAUAAUAAAGCGUACUGCUAACAGUCAUAUAUGUCA